GCUGGUAUAUUCAGACGUCAUCGUUUAAGGCCGAAUCCAAUUCUAUAUAAUGUAAGAAGAUAUACGUGUGCUUUUAGUUUGAAAGAAAAAGCACAUAAACACAAAAACAUGAUCUUCGUUCUAGCUUUAUUGCGUUAAAACUUUUAAAGAAGUCAAAGCUCAAAGAAACAAGAACCCAAGAAAAUGGAGAAUCUACCUCCUGGUUAUCGUCCCAAUGUUGGUGUUUGUCUAAUUAAUUCUGAUAAUCUGGUAUUCGUAGCUUCAAGAUUGAAUGUUCCUGGAGCAUGGCAGAUGCCACAGGGAGGCAUUGAGGAUGGAGAGGAUCCAAAGUCAGCAGCCAUGAGAGAGCUACAAGAAGAAACUGGGGUCGUUUCAGCUGCAAUCAUCGCUGAGGUUCCAAAUUGGUUAACAUAUGAUUUCCCAACUGCAGUAAAAGCAAAGGUUAACCGUCUCUGGGGCGGUGAAUGGCAUGGUCAGGCGCAGAAAUGGUUUCUAGUGAGACUGAUAAACGAUGAGGUUGAAAGAGAGAUCAAUCUAGGGAACAAUGAAGCGGACUCAGAGUUUGCAGAGUGGAAAUGGGCAAAACCAGAAGAAGUGAUAGAGCAAGCAGUUGAUUACAAAAGGCCAACAUACGAACAAGUCAUCAAGUCUUUUGAUUCAUACUUGAAUGAUACAGGAAGAGCUGCUAAAUGUAAAUCAGCCAAGUGGUAAUAAGAAAACAUCUAAAACAGAAUGAGUUGUGUAUGUGUUUAUAGCUAAAGGUAAUGAAGAUUCAUAGGAUAAAAAUAAAAAUGUAAGAUGGAUUAACAAACGAAACAUUAUGAGUUUCAAAACAAUAUUCCAAACACGCAACAAAAGGGACAAACAAACGUUACAAAAAAAAAAAAAAAGCAAGUUCUUACGAACUAAACUAAAGAGAAAGUAAAUAGAAAGGUAAAUGGUAAAUAAUGGCUCACCGGAUUAACAUACGAAUUUCACUGGCAAAGCUGCUCAACGGCGGUCACGAUCUGAGCCGGUUGAACAACGGUCCACUCCUCCAGUGUACCAGCGUAUGGUGUAGGAACGUCCUGAGAAGACAAACACAUCACCGGAGCAUCUAAAUAGUCAUGAAAGUUCUCAUUAAUUGCAGCCGUAAGACUAGCUCCAAUCCCACCAGUUCUCAUACACUCCUCCACGAUCAAAACCCUGUGCGUUUUCUUAACCGAGUUCCCAAUCGUGUAAAGAUCAAACGGUUUCAGCGACCUAAUGUCGAUAACCUCAGGGUCAUACCCUUUGUUCACCAGAGUUUUAGCUGCCUGCAUCACAUGGUACCUCAUACGCGAGUAAGUGAGGAUGGUAAUGUGCUCUCCAGGUCUAACCAUCUCAGCUUCUUCAAGGUUACAAAUGUAUUCUUCGUCCGGGAUCUUCUCCUUGAGAUUGUAAAGCAGAACGUGCUCAAACAGAAUCACAGGGUUCUCGCUCCUUAUCGCAGCUUUCAUCAAGCCUUUGGCGUUGUAAGGAGUCGAGCAAGCAACCAUCUGGAUCCCAGGAAUGGACUGGAAGUAAGACUCUAGCCGCUGUGAAUGCUCAGCGCCGAGUUGGCGUCCUACUCCACCGGGACCACGGAUGACGACCGGGAUUGUGAACUGACCACCAGAUGUGUAGUGAAGCAUUCCACAGUUGUUGGAGAUUUGGUUGAAGGCUAGGAGGAGGAAACCCAUGUUCAUACCUUCAAUGACGGGCCUUAGACCAGUCAUGGCGGCUCCAAUGCCCAUACCUGUGAAUGCGUUUUCACAAAUAGGAGUGUCGAGAACCCUGAGGUCGCCGAAUUUAUCAGCAAGGCCUUUGGUAACUUUGUAGGAGCCUCCGUAAUGGCCAACGUCUUCACCCAUGACACAUACAUGUGGAUCUCUGUCCAUCUCUUCUUCAAGACCUUCCUGAAGAGCCUCGAAAAGCAGCAGCUCAUGUC